AUGGGCGGUGGGGGGCCCCCGCCCGGCCCCCAGCCCCACAACCUGUCCUGGGCGGCGUCCGACGGGGCGUCCCGCCUGCCGGGGCCCGCCGCCUCCCCGCCGUGGGCGGCCGGCGUGGGCCUGCCGAUGGCCCUGAUGGUGCUGCUGAUCGUGGCGGGCAACGCGCUGGUGAUCGCGGCCGUCGCCAGGACGCCGCGGCUGCAGACGCUGACCAACCUGUUCAUCCUGUCCCUGGCCGGCGCCGACCUGGUGAUGGGGCUGCUGGUGGUGCCCUUCGGGGCCACCCUCGUGGUGUGGGGCCGCUGGGAGUUCGGCUCCUUCUUCUGCGAGCUGUGGACGUCGGUGGACGUGCUGUGUGUCACGGCCAGCAUCGAGACCCUGUGCGUCAUCGCCCUGGACCGCUACCUGGCCAUCACGUCGCCCUUCCGCUACCAGAGCCUGCUGACCCGGGCCCGGGCGCGGGCCCUGGUGUGCGUCGUGUGGGCCAUCUCGGCCCUGGUGUCCUUCCUGCCCAUCCUCAUGCACUGGUGGCGGGCCGACGGCGACGAGGCCCGGCGCUGCUACGACGACCCCAAGUGCUGCGACUUCGUCACCAACCGGGCCUACGCCGUCGCCUCGUCCGUCGUGUCCUUCUACGUGCCGCUGGCCGUCAUGGCCUUCGUCUACCUGCGCGUCUUCCGCGAGGCGCGCAAGCAGGUGAAGAAGAUCGACCGCUGCGAGCGCCGCUUCUACGGUAGGCCUCGGCCGCCCUCCUCGCCGUCGGGCCGGCCGCCCUCCUCGCCGUCGGGCCGGUCGCCCUUCUCGCCGUCGGGCCGGCCGCCCUCCCCGCCGUCGAGCCCGCCACCGCUCGCCCUCGCCAACGGCCGGCCCAGCAAGAGGCGGCCCUCCCGCCUCCUGGCCCUCAAGGAGCAGAAGGCCCUCAAGACCUUGGGCAUCAUCAUGGGCGUCUUCACCCUCUGCUGGUUGCCCUUCUUCUUGGCCAACGUGGUCAAGGGCUUCCACCGGGACCUGGUGCCCAACCAACUCUUCGUCUUCUUCAACUGGCUGGGCUACGCCAACUCGGCUUUCAACCCCAUCAUCUACUGCCGCAGCCCCGACUUCCGACAGGCCUUCAAGCGGCUCCUGUGCUGCCUCCGCCCCGGGGCCCAACCGCCCUCGCCCCGCCGGGACCGGGAGCCGGACCCGUCCCAGCCCUGGGCCCGCUUCAACGGCGGCGGUUCCUCCGGCCCGGACCACGGGGCCGGACUCCACGCCUGCUCCGACUCCAAGGUAUAGCGACGGCGCCCACCGACGGAUGCCCCACCGUCCAACCCCAGCGCAACCAGGCCCAGGCUGGGGUUUGUGGUUGCUCAGCCAUUCGUUCGAUCGUCUUGAUUGAGCUCUCACUGUGGGCUGAGCACUUGGGAGACCACAACCGGUAAUAAUGAUAGUGAUGGUUU